UUUUGACCCAGCGCGUGACGCAAGCACGCGAAACUGAGGAACACCUGGAACACUCGGGAGAAAAGCCGCACGCGCUCUUGGUGCAGACGCCCGGAAUGGCUGCGAAAGAUUCAAAUGACGCGAAGACAAACUCUGAAAUGGUGCACUCCCAGAAAUCGACGGUACCAGUGACCGACAUAUUCAGAGAUACGCCUGUUCGCUUGCUAGGCUAUACAAAUGAAGUAGGAGAAGCUUUCCGGGCCAUAGUUCACGUCAAUGUCGUCCGCCUGUCCUACGCAGUAGCAAGUGCCUAUGUCGUGGCUGACACCACGGACAAGGUUCUUAAGGCUGACAAGGUCAAAUGCCCGGACGCAAAAUCGCACCAGAGGAAGCUGCUCAACACGGCCGUCGACACAUUGGUCUGGCAGGCCCUGGCCUCUGUCAUCAUACCUGGCUUCACAAUCAACAGGGUGUGCGCGCUGUCACUCUUUCUGCUCAAGCGAUACUCGAGCCUGUCGCUCAAUGCCUCCAAGUGGACUACAACUGGUGUGGGUCUGGGCUGCAUACCGUUCAUCGUGUCACCCAUAGACCACGGUGUUCAUGUGCUCAUGGACAAGACACUUCGUCAGUGGGUGCUCACAAAGGAGUCUUCCGAUUGACCAUUUUUUCAGUUAGCGUCGAGCAAUACUUCUGAAUAGUUCAAAGAUCUGUUUGGUACAUUCAUAGAAUGGAAUACCAGGGAUGGAAGCGGCCAAGGGGGUUUUCGAGCAGCUCUGUGAGGAGCAAAUUUGCCACACUGGAGCAGGUUUGGAGCAGGAAUUGCUCGUUUUGGAGCAUACUAGGUAAGGCUCAACAUGAGUGAAAUACAGGCAAAUCAAGAAAAGAUGUUCAUUAUUUGGCUUUGCUGAACACUAUUAGGUUAAGGCAAACUAGUUGGAGGAAAGUUCACUGAAGGAAAGAAAUGUUGUACAUCCGACAAAAAAAAAUUUUUUUAGUCCCUCAGCAACCAUUAUUACGGUGCAUACCGGGCAUGCCAACUAGAUGUGGCCAAAAAAAAAUAUAAUCAAGGGAUUUACGCUAAAACCCAUUGUCUGUUGAUAGGCAUUUGUUACUGCUAUUCGAGUUUUUUUUUUUUUAAUUGUGCACAAGCAACUAUUAUUUAAGUUUAAUUAGCUAACAUUAAUUAUCUCGCUUAUUGGAUAAUGCAAACCCUAGGUAGCUUUAAAUCCAGUUAUUGCUCAUGUUUCAAUAUCCUCUACAGCUUUUUCUUUGACACCUCGUCGAUCGGGCAAGUUGAUGAAGUUAGCUCUUUAGACUUACUCAUGCACAAUGAGAAGGAAAUGCGGAUUGUGACAACCAUGAACACCACCCAUCAACAUACAGUGAAUGCCGUUCACGUAAUGUACUUAGUUAUCUUUUAAUUUCUUGGCGACAUUCAGUUGGCAUAGCAGAGCACCAAAGAAUAAAUGCGUCACUGCAUGUUUGCCAGUUUUCCACAUAACUUGGCAAGAAGAAAGAAGACAAAAACUUGGAGAUUUAUGAAAAUAAUAAAGGGGAAAAAGUGUUCAGUGGCUUUCCGACCAAUAUUUUACACGAGCUCGAUUAUUAGGGCUGCCCCAUAAAUUCAGUGUAAAGUGGUGACCAAUAUUUCAAAUGCCAAACAAUGGUUUUCUAAAAUUUUCGGACUUAAUCUCCACAAGUCGCGCCGUGAGCAUCGUAGCUGCGAACGAAACUUCUGUCAAUCACGCAUUCUCUGACCCUUUACAACCACCAUUCAGCCGCUACAGUAGACUAAAACCGAUAAAUCACAUGCUCGGUUUGUGUUUUGCAGCCCCAAAAGUCCGAUUUCGUACAGUGUGGUUGUGCAAAAUACAGAGUACCCAGAGUGCAAAGUAGAGUGAUGCUUACGGUUGCCAUUGGAUAUUUCUGGUCAAGAGUUUUCAUGUGCACUUGCGAAAUAUAUUUUAACUUUACACGCAUGGUGCUCACGGUCAAUCGACGCAGACUUACCAAUAGGGCGUCCAAGUGAGCCUUAAAAUGUUUAACAACAGACUGUACGACUUAUUCAGUCAGCUGAGAGCACAGCUUUCUUUCCCGACUGCGCCAUAAAAAGGUGCGUCAGUUUGGUCCUCAUAUUACGCAAGCGCAUGAGACAUACAUAACACAUUCGUAAUGCGACCAACUUACAAUGCGCCACCAAGCACACCCACACUCCAAGGACACCAACGCUGAAACGGAUUGAUUGAGCUUCGCUUCUAGGGCUAAAUGCCAGCCAACACAUGGCUGUGUGAUUGCCACUGAACACGAACAUCCUGAAAAAUUUAGCGUGUCAUUUGAAGUUAGUGUUUUGGUGCAAGAUAGCGCAAUUGGUGCAGCACUCCCAUCCCUGGAACAUGUGCAGAUUCUUAGCAAUAAUUUUUCUUGGACCGAAGCCCUUUUACUGCCAGAAGCAGUCUGCCACACAAAUUGUGUUUCACUUUUUGAUGCUGUUGGUAAGACUUUGCCCAACACGCACCUUUGUGGACUUUCAGUAUUUACAAAGUUGCUUACCCACAUCUAAAUAUGGGUAAGCAAACAUCUGGAUAUUUAGAAUGCUUUGGGUCGGCAUUUGUCAUUCUUUACUUGUUGGCAAGUUCACUAGAUGUCUACAUGUAGCAGCAAUCAACAGCAGUAAACAGCUACCCACAUAAAAAGUUGGGGCAACCUGCAGUCACCAGUCUUUCCACACAUUGACUCAACACCAGUGGUACCAGGUGAGAAGUAAUGUAUGCCCAAAUGAUGUUGUAAAGCUUGCAUUUUUCUUGAUUUCAUCAUCCACUUGAAGGCCAAAUGCGAUGAAAUCUUUAGCAAUGUAAACGUGAUCGUUUGUGGUUAGACAGAAAGCAGCCCCUCUGCAAAAUUUUACACCCGAGAUACGAGUGGACUAGAUGUUUUUUUGACAUCAAAACUGAAAGAAAUGCCGCCACUGCCAGAAAUGACCCAACACACAGAAUGUCGAGAACCGUUGCACGUGCGCGCAGUUCUGGGAACAAAGUCUAUAUGCAAACUCAUUGUUGCAGCAACUGCGUGUGACUGCCCCCCCCCCCCCCCCCCACCUUUUUUUUUCGCCUUGGUUGUUUGCUGCAUAUGCAUUGAAGCAAAUCCCAAGAAUUUGUUUCCAAAGGAGUCACAGUUGGGUAUGACUGCAUACCAUGAAGUUACCAUGAAGCCUGCCAAGGUGUUAGGUAAGGGCCAUCAAUUUUUAAAUUUAACCAGUUCCCAGCCCUGCAGCUUUCCCAACAGUGCUUCGCUUGUGUAUACAGUUCAUUUGUAACAAACUUACAACGAAAUUUCUCUGCAGCUGCCCUUUAACCCAAGUGCUGCAGCGAGGUACAUUUUUACAGUUGUGGACGUAGAUGGUCUUUUUUUUAUUCUAGUUUCACGAGACAUGGAACACACUUGCAAUGUGCCAAGUAUUUGCUGAAACUAAUAAAAUGAUUAUUAAUGCCCA